AUGGCCCAUUCGUCUUCAUCAGAGUCCUCGCGCUCUGGAUCCGAUGGUGAUCUUGAGCCAUCCGAUCCUUGUACGCAUGGGGUUAAAGACGAGGCGAGGGAAACUUCAGGGAGACCCCAUCAUGGUGAUAUACCAGAUGUUGUCGCUGACUAUUUGACACAGGCUGGGUUCAUACACGUGGCACGUAUGAGUCAUAUUCAGAUCGAUACCCCCUUGAUCUCUACUUUGGUUGAGCGUUGGAGACCGGAGACACAUACAUUUCACAUGACGCAGGGAGAGACGACCGUUGCAUUACAGGACGUGGCUGGUAUACUUGGUUUGCCUACUGACGGGCAGGCAGUUACCGGAUCUAUAGCGUUGGAUUGGAUUGCUAUGUGA